AUGUCUGUCACGCUCCAUACUACCCAGGGUGAUUUGAAGGUCGAAAUCUUCUGCGAAGCUGUGCCGAAAACGGCGGAGAAUUUCCUCGCAUUAUGCGCGUCCGGGGCCUACGAAGGCACCCCCUUCCACAGACUGAUACCCGAUUUCAUGGUCCAAGGCGGUGAUACAUCUUUGUCCCCACGAAAUGCGACCGCAGAGAAACCCGUUGUGAAGGGCGGGGAAUCAAUAUGGGGCGGGUACUUCGAAGAUGAGAUCAAAGUGCCUGCGUUGAGACAUAGCGGGCGAGGUAUGGUAUCGAUGGCAAACAAAGGGCCUGGCACCAAUGGAAGCCAAUUUUUUGUUACGUUCAAAGAUGCGGCUCAUUUAGAUGGCAAGAAUACAGUUUUCGGAAGGGUCAUUGACGGAGCGGAAGAAGGUGGCACGCUGGACAAGAUGGAGGCCGUGGAGGUGGACAAAAAAUACCGGCCCAAGGAGAAGAUCAUUCUGGAGAAGGUGACGAUCCAUGCCAAUCCUUUGGCACGUUGA